AUGCUUUUUCUUCAUCAACUUAAAGUUCUUUUAUGGAAAAAUUAUAUUCUCAAAAAACGAAGUCCUUUUGUACUUCUAUUCGAACUUAUUAUUCCAUUAGUUUUAUUUCUUGUAAUGACUGGAAUAAGAAAAACUCAACAAGCAUCAUUUAAUCUUCAAACUAAUUAUACUUCGAAUUUUCUUGAUCAUUCAUAUCGUCCAAGACCAUUUCCAUCAACAGGAGUUUUUUCUAUUCUUCAAUCUUUUUGUCCAAAAACAGCUCCAAGUAAUGAGCAAGGUUUUAGUGUUUUUCCAAAUGGAACAUCAUCAGAAAUGUUAACAACAAUCGAUCGAAUAUCUCGUACAAAUCCAUUUUUUACUCAAAAUUUUUCAAUGUUUGAUGUUGAUUCAUUACCUGAUAUGUACGAAACAAUGAUAGAUCGUCCUGCAUUUAUUUAUGAUUCUGUAGCAAAUUUAACAUAUACAUUUACAAAAAAUUUAACAACAAUUUGUUCAUUUUUUGUUAAUCAACUUAAUUAUACCUAUCAACAAUGUGAACUUAUAUUUAAUAAUACAAAUAUCAAUAUAACUCAAGUACCGAGUCUUUUUCCAUAUUUAAUUCACAAUCGUCCAAUUCGGGAAAAACGUGAUAUUGAAGAUGAUUUCGAUAUGGCUGAUUAUAUUUCAAUUUUACAAACAUCACUUGGACCCUUAGAAUUUCUUCAAGCAACAAUGUUGAUUGUAAAGAUAACAUCACAAAAUUCAUUUGCAAAUUUAACAAACGAUGAACUUCAUUUAUUAGCUAAAAUUAUUAAAAUAAUACUUUUUCAUCCAACGACCUUAAAACAAGUUUUUUGUUCAGUAGAAAAAUUUAAUUUAAUUUUUCCUACGAAUUCAACAACACUUAAUCAAACGGAUAUACAACAACGAUUAUGUAAUAUGACUGAAGCACAAUAUCAAAAUUUAUCAAGUCUACUUAUGAAUUCAAUAUCAGAUGAUGAACUUCUUCAAGUGUUACAACUGGAUCAUGUACAACUAUCAACAAUGUUGCUUCAACUUGAUGAUUAUGCCGAUAAACUUGAAAAAUAUGCAAUGUUUGAACAAGGUUUAAAAGAUUUAUAUGAUGUUGCAAAACUUCUUCGAACUAAUUCUUGUUAUAUUAAUACACAAAAUAAUAGUGAAGCAUCAACACCACAACCACCAUCUGCAGAAGCUUUAUCUGGCAAUGUGGAAUCGGUGGCAAUGAAUAAAUUAAAAAAUAAAAAAGGAUUUUUUCCAUUAUGGCUUGGUAUGCAAGAAGCUAUAUGUGGUAUUAAACCAAAAGUAAAUGUGAAUUCAAAUGGACAAACAAAUGACGAAGAUGAUCAAUUACCUGAUCUUGCGGAAUUGGGUAUAUCGGAUAAUCAACAACGACAAUUAGGUCUUUUAUUUUAUGUUCUCUAUGGAAAUUCAAUGAUUUUAUAUUCACCAAAUUCGUCAUUAAUCAAUGGUGUUAUAUCAAAAGCAAAUUCAACGUUUGUUCUACUUGAUACAAUAACAAAAUAUGCACAUGAAUGGACAAAUGUAUCAAAUACUCUUAAAACAUAUUUUCUUGCUAAUGGUACCGAAAAAAAAGUUGAAUCGCUUAGACGAAUGAAAUUGUUUCUUCAACAAUACGGUCCAUUAUUUCAUUCACCAGCAAUGAAUAAAAUUGUAAAUAUUCUUAAAAAUUUAAGUGAUCCUUCAAUUGACAAUUAUAUGAAACAAAUAACAACAAUUGAUAAAGCUGCAUGCAGUUGGAUAAGUCUUAUAUCAGGAAUUAAUUUAAAUGUCUACAAAGGUUUUGCUGAUGAAAAUGAUUUAGUACAAUAUUUUUUACAUCGAGCAUAUCAUGAUAAUUACACUGUUUUAGCAAGUGUAGUUUUUACGAAUGUAAAUAUAAAUGAUACAAAAUUACCACCAAAUACAAUAUAUAAAAUUCGACAAAAUGCAUCUUUAACACCAUCAACAAAACGUGUUAGAGACCGAUUCUGGGUACCAUCACCAGCACAAAAUGGUUUUAUUUAUUAUGAUUUUGGAUUUAGUUGGGUCCAGGAAGUAAUUGAUCGUUCUAUAAUUGAUACUCAAGUUGGUCGAUCUGUAGUUGAACCUGGUUUAUUCUUUCAAGAAAUGGCAUAUCCUUGUUAUACUUAUGACAAUUUUCUUCAAAUGAUUCAACAUGCACUUCCUUUAUGUUUAACAAUAUCUUGGGUAUAUGCAUUUGCUAUGUUAACUCAAAGUAUAGUUUAUGAAAAAGAAGUUCGAUUAAAAGAAGUUAUGAAAAUCAUGGGUUUAAGUAAUGGUGUACAUUGGGUAGCUUGGUUUAUAACAAUAUUUAGUCAAACAACAGUUGUUAUGGUUGCUGUAACAAUUAUUUUACAUUAUGGCAAAGUUCUUAUGCAUUCGAAUGCAUUUUUAAUAUUUUUAAUAUUUGAAAUUUAUGCACUUUCAACAAUAAGUCUUGCAUUUCUUGUUAGUGUUUUUUAUUCGAAAGCUAAAAUAGCAGCAGCUUGUGCAGGAAUUAUUUAUUUAUUAACAUAUGUACCAUGUAUGUAUAUAUCAAUCAGAGAAGAUUUAGCACAAGAUACAAUACCGAAAUGGGCAAAAAUGUUAGCGUCAUUAUUUUCUACAAGUGCUUUUGGUAUGGGAGCUAAAUAUAUAGCAUUUUAUGAAAAUAUUGGUACAGGAAUACAGUUUGAUAAUAUUCGUUAUAGUCCAGUAGAAGGUGAUAGAUUUACUUGUUUUGAAACUGUACUUUUUAUGUUAUUGGAUACAUGUAUACAUCUUAUUCUUAUGUGGUAUAUUGAAAAUGUUUAUCCGGGUACAUUUGGAAUACCAAAGAAAUGGUAUUUUCCAUUUACAAUAAGUUAUUGGACAGGAGAAUCAUAUAAUGAACCAAAUUGGAUGACAAACUUUCGAAAAACAAAAAUAUUUAAUUGGUUUAUAUGUAAAAAACAUCAUAUGUCAUAUCAAUUCCAUUGGUCAUCAUCAUCUUUAAAUCAAAUGACAAAUGAUUUGAACCGAAAUCAAAAUUUGUAUGAAGGUGAAAUACUUUCAUUUCUUGGACAUAAUGGUGCUGGAAAAACUACAACUAUGUCAAUUUUGACCGGUCUUAUACCUGCUACAUCUGGAACUGCAACAAUCUAUGAUCAAAACAUUAAUGUUGAUAUGGAUAAAAUACGAAAAAAUCUUGGAUGGUGUCCACAACAUAAUGUUUUAUUUGAAAAAUUAACUGUUGAAGAACAUUUAUUAUUUUUUUCCAAAUUAAAACAAGUACAAAGUAAAGAAAUGAAAAAAAUGAUUGAAAAUAUGUUAUUUGAUAUUGGUUUAACAUCAAAACGUAAUGCUACAGUUUCAACAUUAUCCGGUGGAAUGAAAAGAAAAUUAUCUGUUGCUAUGGCUUUUGUUGGUGAUGCAAAAACAAUCAUUCUUGAUGAACCAACAGCUGGUGUUGAUCCUUAUGCACGUCGUGCUAUAUGGGAAUUAUUAAUAAAAUUAAAACAAGGACGUACAAUAUUAUUAAGUAGUCAUCAUAUGGAUGAAGCUGAUGUACUUGGUGAUAGAAUUGCAAUUAUUUCAAAUGGACAAUUAAAAUGUUGUGGAACAUCAUUAUUUCUUAAAACAACAUUCGGUGAAGGUUAUGUUUUAACAUUAGUUAAAAAAGAUCCAUGGAUGUCUUCGAAAGAUGAUGUAACAGCGACAAUAACACAAUGUAUACCAAAUGCAUAUCUUAAAGAAGAAACAAGAAAGGAACUUCAAUAUGUUUUACCAUUAAAAAGUCGUCAUUUAUUUCCUGAAUUUUUUUCAAUACUUGAUUCACGAAAAGAAUCCUUAUCAUUAACAGGUUAUGGUUUACAAGAUGUUUCAUUAGAAGAAGUUUUUCUCAAAGUUACAGAACAAUAUAAAAAAUCACCAAAUGCAGCAGCAGUUGAAGCACAGUAUAAUCAUGAUAAUCCGAGUGAAAGACAUGAGAGUACUACUGAUACACCAGAUUCAACAAUACCUAAAAUAGAACUUUUACAUGAUCGUGUAACUGGAACACGUCUUUAUGCUAAACAAGCUUUAGCAAUAAUAAUCAAACGUUUUAUAUUUAAUUAUCGUAAUAUGCGUGGUUUAGCUACACAAAUUUUGUUACCUGCAUUUUUUAUAACUGUUGCAAUGACUGUGGCAUUAACAGCACCUGGGUUUUCUGAUCCACCUCCCAUCACAUUAUCAACAGCAAUGUUUUCAAAUUUAAAUUUUCUAUAUACACCUGUAUCUGGUUUAAAUAAUUAUAAAUUAAAAAAUAAUUCACAAUUAUUAACAGUUAAUGCAAAUCCAUAUGAUUUAAUUGAAACAAUACGUUAUCCAUCUGGUCUAGGUUCAACAUGUUUACUUAAUAAUCCAUAUAUGAAUCAAACAACGUUAACAUUUGAAAAUUUAACUGGAACAUUAUGUGAAAAAGUUUAUCAACAUGAUUUUCAAUCUUAUAAGAAAUAUGAUAUUAAUUGGAUAGAUAUGGUUAAUAAUAAUCAAUUACAUCUUAAUCGAACAUAUCAAUUAGAAAACUCUUCAAAUAAUACAUAUUAUUCACCUUGUUCUUGUUCAAUAGGUCAAUCAAGAUUUUUAUGCUCAUCGUUUCAUCCACCAAAAUCAUAUCGUUUAAUAACAAAUGAUAGAAUAUUAAAUAUAACACAAGAAGAAAAUGAAAUUCUCUAUUAUUUAUAUACAGCUGAUAAUCAUCAUUUAGAUCGUUAUGGUGGUUUAUCAUUUGGUUUAGCACAAGAUUAUAUACAAGAUAAUUAUCCAAUUAAUAAAGAUAAUCAAUAUUUACAUAAAUUAGCUGUAAAAAAUACGGCAAGAAUAUUUACUAAUCAUAAAGGUUAUCAUAGUUUACCAUUGUAUAUUAAUAUUAUGUCAAAUAUUAUUCUUCGAGCUAAUUUACCAUUAGAAAAAGGUCUACCAUCUGCAUAUGGAAUUACAACUAUUAAUCAUCCAAUGAAUGAAACAAAUAAUAUGUUAUCAACUGAAUUUAUUUUACAAGGAUCUGAUGUUAUUAUAUCAAUAUUUAUUAUAGUAGCUAUGUCAUUUGUACCUGCAUCAUUUACAUUAUUUCUUGUUUAUGAACGUGCAACUAAAUCUAAACAUAUUCAAUAUAUCAAUGGUCUUUAUCCAUUAGUUUAUUGGUUAACAAAUUUUGUUUGGGAUCUAUUGAAUUAUCUUUUACCAGCUACAUGUGUUAUAGUUAUUUUACGUUUAUUUAAUGUUCCAGCUUAUGUUGAAGGAGAAAAUUUUCUUGCUGUUAUAAGUUUAUUUCUUAUGUAUGGUUGGUCAAUUAUACCUGUGAUGUAUCCAUUUAGUUUUCGUUUUACUGAACCAAGUAAUGCAUAUAUAUUUUUAAUUGUUAUUAAUUUAUUUAGUGGUAUUACAUGUAUAUAUACAUCAUUUUUUCUUGAAAUAUUUGCACUUGGUAGUCCAGCAACAUCAACAUUAAGUAUUAUUACAAGAACAAUGAAAAAUAUAUUUAAAAUUUUUCCAAAUUAUUGUUUGGGAAGAGGUUUAAUCGAUAUUGCAUACAAUGAUUAUUACAAUUCAUUUUAUAAAAAAACUGGUUUAAAUGAUCGUAUUCGCACACCAUUUAUAUGGGAUAUAACUGUAUCAAAUUUAGUUUCAAUGGCUAUAUGUGGUUUAGUGUUUUGGAUUUUAACAUUAUUACUUGAAUAUGGAUUUUUUUAUUCUCCAUCAAUUCCUGAUGCUUUACCAUAUUCACAUUUAGAUGAAGAUGAUGAUGUUGCACAAGCUCGUCGACAGAUACUUAAUAAAACUGUUGAUGAUAACAUAUUAGUUAUGUCAAAUUUAUCCAAAUGUUAUCGUACAAAAAAAUCGAAGAAAUUAAUUGCUGUUAAUAAUAUAUGUAUGGGUAUUCGUGCAGGUGAAUGUUUUGGUUUAUGUGGUGUUAAUGGUGCAGGUAAAACAACAACAUUUCGAAUGUUAACUGGUGAUCUACGUCCAACAGCUGGCUAUUCAUAUGUACAUGGUUAUGAUAGUACUAAACAAAAACAACAAGUUUUUAAAUAUAUUGGAUAUUGUCCACAAUUUGAUGCACUUUUUGAUGAAUUAACACCUGUUGAACAUAUGCUGUUAAUGGCACGUUUAAGAGGAAUACAUUGGCAAGAUGAAAAUCAACAUGUACAACAAUUAUUAAAACGUUUAGAUUUAUGUGAAUAUUUAAAUAUACCUGUCGGAAAAUUAUCAUUAGGAAAUCGAAGAAAAUUAUCUACAGCUAUGGCACUUGUUGGUGAUCCUUCAAUUGCAUUUCUAGAUGAACCAACAAGUGGAAUGGAUCCAUCAUCAAGAAGAUUUCUAUGGAAUGUUAUUAGACGUUUAGUUAAAGAAGGAAAAUCAGUUAUACUUACUUCACACAGUAUGGAAGAAUGUGAAGUACUUUGUUCAUCAAUAGCCAUAAUGGUAAAUGGUACUUUUCGUUGUCUUGGUUCAAAUCAACAUUUAAAAAAUCGUUUUGGUGAUGGUUAUACAAUAAAAAUUCGUUUAAAAUCUUCAAUAAAUUCAACAACUGAUCAAUCAAUUGUUGAUUGUUUUUCAUCGAAUUAUAUUCUAAAAGAACGUCAUGUAAAUGUUUUACAAUAUGAAAUAGCUGAACAAUAUGUUUCAUUAAAAGAUAUUUUUUCUAAACUUGAAAAUUUAUUAAUUGAUCAACGUAUAAAUGAUUAUAGUGUAUCUCAAAAUACACUUGAUAAUGUAUUUGUUAAUUUUGUACGUGAUCAAUGUGAUACAUUACAACGAACAAAUAAAAAAUCAAAACGAAGACAAGACCAUUUCAAUGAUAUUCUCGAUGAUACAUUUGACGAUGGAUCAUUUGUUGUAACAAAAUCAACAAGAAAUAAUAACAAUAAUAAUAAUGAUCGACAGCGGAUAAUCGAUUAUAUCGAACUUGAAUGUUAA